AUGUCGUCCAAGGUCAAGGCUGGUCAGCUCUGGGGAAAGAGCAAGGAUGAUCUCACCAAGCAGCUCGAGGAGCUCAAGUUCGACCUGAACCAGCUCCGUGUCCAGAAGAUUGCUGGUGGUGCUUCGGCGAAGACCCAGAGGAUCCACGACGUCCGCAAGUCGAUCGCUCGUGUCCUCACCGUCAUCAACGCCAACCAGCGCUCGCAGCUCCGCCUCUUCUACAAGAACAAGAAGUUCCUCCCUCUUGACCUCCGCCCCAAGCUCACUCGCGCCCUCCGCCGCCGGCUCACCAAGCACGAGGCUACCGCGAAGACCGACAAGCAGAAGAAGAAGCAGAUCCACUUCCCCCAGCGGAAGUACGCUGUUAAGGCUUAA